UUUUCCUACUAGAUCCACACAGGUUUACAACACCAAAUAAUUUGGCCCUGCCAACCCAGCUGUCUCCCAUUGGAUGAGAAGCUCCUCCCAGAGCUACUUAAAGAGGCAGGAUAUGUUACCCACAUGGUGGGGAAGUGGCAUCUAGGGAUGUACAGAAAAGAGUGCCUUCCAACCCGAAGAGGAUUUGAUACUUACUUUGGCUAUCUUCUGGGGAGCGAGGAUUAUUACUCUCAUGACCAUUGUGUGCUCAUCAAAGCAAAGAAUGUAACUCGCUGUGCUCUGGACUUCCGAGAUGGCGAAGAAGUUGCAACUGGAUUUAAAAACAUGUACUCCACAAAUUUAUUCAUGGAAAGAGCUGUAAAUCUAAUAGCCAGUCAUAAAACUGAGAAGCCCCUCUUUCUCUACCUUGCUUUUCAGUCUGUCCAUGAACCUCUUGAGGUCCCUGAGGAAUACAUGAAACCAUAUGCCUUCAUUAAAGAUGAAAAGAGGCGCCACUAUUCAGGAAUGGUGGCUCUUAUGGAUGAAGCUGUAGGAAACCUUACUGAUGCUCUGAAAAGACACGGUCUUUGGGAUAACACAGUUCUUGUUUUCUCUACUGAUAAUGGAGGGCAGACUUUGGCAGGUGGAAAUAACUGGCCACUGAGAGGAAGAAAAUGGACCCUGUGGGAAGGAGGAGUGAGAGGAGUAGGUUUUGUUGCAAGCCCUUUACUGAAACAGAAAGGGGUAGAAAGUCACGAACUUAUCCAUAUCUCUGACUGGCUGCCAACGCUGGUGCACCUUGCUGGAGGACAUACCAAUGGCACUAAGCCGCUGGAUGGCUUUGAUGUUUGGAAAACUAUCAGUGAAGGAAGACCAUCUCCCAGAGUCGAGCUGCUUCAUAACAUAGACCCCAUGUUUGUGGAUGCUUUCCCAUGUCUUGGCAUUGACAACAGGACAUCUUUAUCACAGAAUAGUUCUUUUCCAUGGGAUGAAACACUUUUCAAUAUCUCCAUGCAUGCAGCAAUUCGACAUGGAAGAUGGAAGUUACUAACUGGAUAUCCAGGCUGCAGUCACUGGUUCCCUCCACCAUCUUUGUUCAAUGAGUCAAUGAUUCAGUCGUCUGAUCCACCAACAAAGAGACUUUGGCUUUUUGAUGUUGUUCAUGAUCCCGAGGAGAAAAAUGAGUUGUCUGAAAGAUAUCCUAAUGUGGUGAAAAAACUGCUCUCACGGCUUCAGUAUUAUUAUAAACGUUCAGUGCCUGUGUUCUAUCCUGAGGAGGAUCCUCGCUGUGAUCCAGCAGCAGCUGGGGUCUGGGGUCCUUGGGCAUAAUGCACAGCACUGCACUCUACAAAACCCACCUGGAGUGGAGUUUGAUUUAUGGACUCAGGGUCCUACUCCUGUAUUUCUUACCUUGUUUUUUACAAUCUUGUUGAUUGUGAGUUCAUUCCUUGAGUCAUUCAGUCUUUCUUACUCUUAAAAUAUGGUGGAAAUCUUAUUUCAAUCCUCCCCACUCUCUCCUUCUCAACAAUUAUACUUGAAAUGUCGAUAAAAUUAGAAAUCUGUUGUUUGAAUAUUCUUUGUCAGCAAUUUGCCUCUAAAGUGGUGGUAGGAUGUUGCUUUCCUCCCUGAAAGAGAUUACUUCUGUUAAAAAGCUGCUAUGAGUCAUGGCAACAGGAUCAUUCAGAAUUGUGUUGUGGAAGAAACUGAUGUUUCAUUUCAUGCUUGCCCAGAAGACAAGCAUCAGAAGCUGUUACAUAUCUGUAGAGAAUAGAAGAAAUACAGCAAUUUACAUAAUUCUUACCUUUAACAUGCACUUCUGUCCAGAAAAGAGAACAGUCAGAAAUCUCCAAAAAAAACCAAAACUUCUAGUAUGAAGCAAAAUCCUUUAUUCCUAUUCACUGCUAACAUAUGAAAUGGGGGUAGAGAAAGGUGGUUGACCUGAGGGCAGGCCUGCCACGUAGAGGGACCUUAACACACUGGAGAAAUGGGUGAACAAAAACUGUGUGAAGUUCAACAAGAGCAGAGUCCUGCACUUGGGAUGGCAAAACUCCACACAACAGUACAGGCUGGGCUCUGACUGGAUAGACACCGUUGCUGUGGGAAAGAACCUGAGAGUCCUAUUGGGCAAUAAAUUGAACAAGAAUUACCAUAUGCCUUAGUGAUGAAGGUGGCCGAGGACAUAUUGGUCCAUAUUAGCAAGAGCGUAGCCAGCACACUGAAGAAGUGAUUAUUCCCCUCUGUUCAGCACUGGAGCACUGCAUCACAUUUUGAGCUUCCCCAUACAAGACAGACAUUGACAUACUGGAGUGAGUCUAGUGGAGAGCCAUGGAAAUGAGCACAUGAGGAGAGGCUAAAGAAGUGAGUUAAUUUAGCCUGGAGAAGAAAAGACAAACGAGAGAUUGCUAUCUUCAACAAGGUAAAUGAAGGGCAUAGAGAAGAUGAAGUCAGACUCAGAGAUGCACAAAGAGAAGACAAGAGGCAACAGACACAAGUUGCAACACAGGGAGUUCUAAUUAGAUAUAAGGAAAGAAAAAUCUCAUUGUAAGGGUGCUGAAAUACUGGAACAGAUUGCCCAGUGAGGUUGUGGCAUCCCCAUCCUUGGAGACGUUCAAAAUUUGACUGGAAAAGGCCCUGAGUAACCCAAUCUUAAUUCUGAAGUUGGAUCUAAUUUGCAGGUUGGCCUUGCUUUGGUACUGGUUGGGGGAACAACCAGAUGGCCCGCAAAAGGCCCUUUCAGCCUGCAUUAUUCACUGAUUCUGUGAUGAACAAAGCCUUACUCUUACUUAUUGCCUGCCUUUGUGGCGUACUCUUUCUGCUCAGAUUGUUUUUUUAUUAUCACAGUAGCAACUAUUUUCAUCUUGAAAUUGGCUCUGAGCCAUGAGGAAACCAGGCCAAACAAUUUCACUUGAUUACUCACCAAAUUGAUGUGAGAAGAUCAACCUACCAGCUCUCUUAAUGUUAAAAAUCUCUGGAGUCUGGCCAGAGUUCUGUCAGUGCUUUUCAAUGUCUUUAGCCAAGUUCUCAGGCUGCAGAACUCUAGCUGUCAUCCUCUCCAGAAAGCAGGAACCUAACUGCAUGUUUUCAGGAUCCAGGGCCAAGUCCUAUGAUUUGCACUAAGGCUUUGCGCAUCUUUUCCCAGUUUUGUCUCCUUCAGGAGACAUCUGCUAAUUAUUAGCAACAAUUAGCAGACGGACUUAUGAAAAGACUGUCACACUUGACAAAAUUUUCUUUUUUUUUUUUUUAACUACAAAGAUAAAGCACAGGAAAGAUGGAACUUCAGGAAGCGAAAAACAUGUUUUAAAAUAAACAGAAAUUCCUGCCUUCUGGUACAGCUGAUUCUCCAUGACACUCUUAAACCUAGCUUGCAUCUCCCACCUUUGAUGUGUUCCUACAUAUACUAGAAUGGAAAACAACAUUCUCUAAAAGCCUGUUCAGCUGUUUGUCUUUUUCCCAAAGUCUCUCAUAUUUUCCCCUCUCCUUUGUCACUUCUGCCUCUUUAUGUUAGCAUUUUUCCAUUCCAUUUCCUUCACUGUCCUCAGCCUUGAAGGUGGGUAAAGAAGAAAGAUAGAUUGGGAAAGAAUACUUCUCCUAUGUUGGACAAACAUAUAUUCUCUAUGGUUUGGUCUGAUAUGUCUUGAGAGCCUGUGUCAGACCAAGGUUCAAUCCGUCUCCAUCAGUGGUUGAAAGCAGAUAGCUGCACAGGAGUAAAGGGCAAGCAUAUGUGAUAAGUUCUGCAGAUUGUCUUUCAUUUUCUAACUGUGGCUCAGAGAAAAACUGAACCUCAGAUAUUUAACUGCUUUGUGUUUAGUAGUCCUCAGUGUAAAUUCUUGGAAGAAGAUUGUGUGAAUACCACAGUCAGGAGUUCCACAGCCUAACUACACAAUAUGUAAAGAGUCACCUCUGUUUAUGAUCUGCUUCCAGGCAAUUUCAGUUUUCACUGGUAAAAUACGUAUGCCAUGACAGAAGUCCCAAAUGUACCAUGUUUCGCAACUUGCAUAUUAACCAGUAUCUUUAUAAAAAUAAACAGAAUUUGUAUGUUCUGUAAAGGUAGUCUCCAAAUUGAUACAUGACCAUCUUUCCUUCCAUUUCACAAAACUGUUUUCCACUUUUCUUUCUAUUUUGGCUUCACAGCACAACAGCAUUUCACUCUUAAGCGCCAAGAGGUUCAUUAAGAUAACUUUCUGAGACAAACUCUAUUAUGUGCUGACCACAGGAAGGGAUCAAAAAUGUAAGCAACAGAACCUUUUUAUAAGCUAUUGCAUCACCUUGACAAAGCUCCCAUCUUCCUUCAGUAGCUCCAGAAAACCGUUAUUGCACUUCCCUUUCCUAAUUGUCACGGUAUAUCUAUUUUAUACCAACAUAAUGAUUUAUGCUGGUUUAUAACUUUUACCUUUUUAAUACUGCAACAUUAAGCUUCAUAUCCUCAUUUUUUGUAACAUAUAAGUAAUUAUAUAGAGUUUAGAAUAUGGGGUUCUGAAAGAGUGAGGUGUCACUAUACCUCAUGUAACUUUCAGUAUUACUAUUUCUGUAUCUUAUGCAUUAAUUAUAUAGCUGGACCUUCAAAUGUCUUUUUGAAAUAAAUCAUCCAAGUAUCAGA